CGUGCAGGAACAGCACAAGCACUCGCAUCAUGUAUGCGCUGCUCCUGUUGCUGGGAACAAUCGCAGCCUGCAUCACUCUGGCACCUGGUCUCCAAGGCGCUCUCAAGAAGGUCCCGUUCUGUACAAACAGUUCCAAUUACGUCCCGUCGGAAGUCACUGUCGACUGCGAUCACGCGGUCGGCUACUUGGCAGUCUAUAGAAUAUGUUUCAUUAUCUCCUUAUUCUUUUUCUUGAUGUCCGUACUAAUGAUCAGGGUGAGAAGUUCACGGGAUCCACGGGCGGCCAUACAAAACGGAUUCUGGGCGAUCAAGUAUCUCUUGAUAAUCGGAGGGAUCGCCGGUGCCUUCUUCAUCCCGGAGAGGUCAUUCGGAUCUAGUUGGAUGUACUUUGGUAUGUUGGGAGGUUUCCUCUUCAUAAUUAUCCAGUUGAUUCUAAUCGUUCACUUCGCCCACUCUUGGGCUGACGCUUGGGUAGGAAAUUAUGAGGAGACCAAGUCGAAAGGAUGGUAUGCCGCACUGCUGGGUGCAACUUUCUUCAAUUAUGCCAUUUCCAUUACUGGAGCGGUGCUGCUUUACGUGUAUUAUACGCAUCAAGGUGAUUGCGCGCUGAACAAGUUCUUCAUCUCGUUCAAUUUGAUUUUGUGUGUCAUCACCGGUGUCGUAUCAAUUUUACCGACUGUACAAGAACAUCAGCCGCGAUCCGGACUUCUUCAGUCCUCUGUAGUGACAUUAUAUGUUGUCUACUUAACGUGGAGCGGUAUAUCAAACAGUCCAGAUCACGAGUGUAAUCCUGGCCUCAUCCCUGGCUUGUCGAAAGAGAAUCGUAUUGCGUUCGACAAGGAAAGCAUUAUAGGACUGAUAAUAUGGCCUAGCUACGUUCUAUACAGUUCCUUACGUACGGCGUACAAGUCAUCAAAGAUUACAAUGUCCGAGAGUGUGUUGGUUCAACAUAAUGGAUCUGGUAAAUAUUGGUUGGAUGUUUGUAUGUUUUAGCAACUACGUCUGUGAAAGCGUGCUGUUCCUCCUUAUGGAAAUCCUAACCGUUCCUAAAAGUAUCUUAGUGCAUCUACGGUAUUAUCUCUUU